GGUCUAAAAUGCAUAAGAGGUCUCAUCACUAUCUGUGAGCUUUACUUGCGAUAUAUCUGUCUUUAGAUCAUCUUAAAAUUCAUAGCAAACAUCUCUGGAAAGACUCAAAAUGUUAUUGCGAUUUUUUCUGACACCGGCUCUCAGCGAUCAUAAGUUGUGUGAGCGGCAACGUAAUUUGAAUCAUAAUUUAUCGGCGUUAAAUGUAAAAGUAGAAAAAAUUAUUUCUGAAUAUUGCUACUAUAUUCAGACUGAUCGAAAUUUGAAUGAUGAUGAGAUUUCUAAAUUGAAAUGGUUACUUAUGUCUAAUGGAACUCUAUCAACGUCUAGUUAUUUUCCUGAAAUUGCUGGUGGUGAUUCAAAGCUAUUCACGCUUGAAGUCGGUCCCAGAUUGAAUUUCUCCACUCCGUUCUCAACUAAUGCUGUGUCAAUCUGUAAUUCUGUUAAUCUGCCUGUUUCUAGAAUAGAAAGAGCAACUAGAUAUUUUCUUGAGCUUUCAUCUGAAGUCGAUGAUGCUAUUAGAAAUAAAAUUGCUUCCUUUUUUCAUGAUAGAAUGACAGAAUGCAUCUACAAUAAACCCCUGGAAAGUUUCUCAGUGGAUGUCAAGCCUGCAUCCUGGGAAGAAGUGGAUAUUUUGGGUAAAGGCAGAGCUGCUUUAGAAGAAAUCAGCAAUAGUUUGGGAUUAGCCAUGGAUGACUGGGAUUUGGAUUUCUAUACUCAAAUCUUUAAAGAAGAAUUAAAAAAAAAUCCAACUACAGUAGAGUGCUUUGAUCUUGCUCAAUCUAACAGUGAACACAGUAGACAUUGGUUUUUUAAAGGAAAUUUAGUCAUUGAUGAUGUACAAAUUAAAGAAAACUUGUUUGAAAUGAUUAUGAAAACUCAAAAGCAUUCCAAUCAGAAUAAUGUUAUAAAGUUUUCAGACAACAGUAGUGCCAUUAAAGGAUUUAACAUCAAUUUGUUUUCACCAGUUGAUACAGAUCAACCAAGUUAUUUCAAGACAAAGUCAGCAAUUAGACAUAUUAUAUUCACUGCUGAAACACAUAAUUUUCCAACUGGUGUAGCACCAUUCAGUGGAGCUGCAACUGGCACAGGUGGACGUAUUCGAGAUGUCCAAGCUGCUGGUAGAGGAGCCCAUGUUAUUGCUGGAUCAGCAGCAUAUAGUUUUGGAAACCUUAAUAUUCCUGGUUAUGACUUACCUUGGGAAGAUAAAACAUUUGAAUAUCCUUCAAAUUUUGCUUUGCCUGUUGAUGUUGCUGUUGAAGCCAGUAAUGGUGCUUCAGAUUAUGGCAAUAAAUUUGGUGAACCAAUUAUACUUGGUUUUGCUAGAUCCUUUGGCAUGAAAUUGCCAAAUAAUGAAAGAAGAGAAUAUAUCAAACCUAUUAUGUUUACAGGAGGCAUUGGUAGCAUUGAUGAUAAGCAAGUGAAGAAGAAAAGUCCUGAAUCUGGAAUGCUUGUUGUUAAAAUUGGAGGACCUGUUUACAGAAUUGGAGUUGGUGGUGGUGCAGCAUCUUCUGUUCAUGUCCAAGGGGAUCAAAAAGAAGAAUUGGAUUUUGGAGCUGUGCAGCGUGGUGAUCCAGAAAUGGAACAAAAACUUAAUCGAGUAGUCAGAGCUUGUAUCGAACGACUAGAUAAAAAUCUGAUUUUAAGCAUCCAUGAUCAAGGAGCUGGUGGAAAUGGCAAUGUUCUGAAAGAAAUUGUUGAACCAAUUGGAGCUGUAAUAUAUGCUGAAGAAUUUCAGUUAGGAGAUCCUACUAUUAGUAUUCUUGAGCUGUGGGGUGCUGAAUAUCAAGAGAGCAAUGCUAUUCUAAUCAGCCCCAAAGACAAAAGUGCCCUUCAAAGCAUUGGUGAUCGUGAGAAAUGUCCUAUAAGUUUUGUAGGUGAAGUGAAAUCUACUGGCAAUAUUGUUUUAGUUGAAAAGAGAGAUGAACCAGCAUCUCGCCAUCCUGUUGAUUUGAAACUCUCAUGUGUUCUUGGAAAAGUCCCACCCAAAACUUUUCACUUAAAUAGGCAGCCUUCCAUCUUUAAACCUUUGGAGUUACCAACAAAUCUUCAAUUACAGGAAGCAUUGGAUCGUGUGUUGAGGUUACCAUCUGUUGCCAGUAAAAGAUACCUAACGAAUAAAGUGGAUCGAAGUGUUACUGGAUUAAUUGCUCAGCAGCAGUGUGUUGGACCAUUGCAUACCCCUCUUGCUGAUGUUGCUGUUAUUGCUCUUUCCUACUGGGAUAUUGUGGGAUCUGCUACUUCCAUUGGUGAGCAACCCAUCAAAGGUAUCCUUAAUCCAGCUGCUGGUGCCAGAUUAUCUGUUGCAGAAGCUUUGACAAAUUUGGUUUUUGCCCGAGUAACCUGCUUACAAGAUGUGAAAUGUAGUGGAAAUUGGAUGUGGGCUGCUAAGCUACCUGGAGAAGGUGCUGCUUUGUAUGAUGCUUGCAGGGCAAUGUGUACAGUUAUGUCAAAAUUAGGUGUUGCAAUUGAUGGGGGUAAAGAUUCUUUAAGUAUGGCUGCUCGUGUGGGCAGUGAAACAGUCAAAGCACCUGGCACUCUUGUAAUAUCUGCAUAUGCACCAUGUCCUGAUAUAACAUCAACUGUUACACCAGAUUUGAAAUGUCCUGAUGAGAAAGGCAUAUUAUUACAUAUUGAUUUAUCAGGUGGAAGAUGUCGCCUUGGUGGAACAGCUCUUGCCCAGUGCUUUAAUCAGCUUGGUGUUGAACCUUCUGAUUUAGAUAACCCUGCAAGCUUAAAAGAUUCUUUCAAUGUUACCCAAGAAUUAAUUAAUGAAAGAAAAAUUACUGCUGGGCAUGAUAUAAGUGAUGGCGGUUUUAUUGUUUGUCUUCUUGAAAUGGCCUUUGCAGGUAAUUGUGGUGUAAAUAUAAACAUUUCAAGUAAAAAUUCUAUCUUGGAUACAUUGUUCAGUGAGGAACUUGGCUGGAUAAUAGAAGUUAGAGAAGAUGAUCUUGAUUAUGUUAUGAAUGCCUAUAAGAACAAAGGUAUAUGCUGCCAUUCUAUUGGAUUUAGUACCAAUCAGGGUAAGAAUUCCCAGAUUAUGGUUUCAGUCAAUUCAGAAAAUGUCCUUGAUCAACCUAUGGUUGUUUUGAGAGAUUUAUGGGAAGAAACAAGUUUCCAGCUUGAAAGGAGGCAAACUAAUAAUGAUUGUGUUGAAGAAGAGCAACAAGGAUUGAAAUGCAGGAAACAACCAGAAUAUCAUUUAUCUUUUGAUAUAUCUUCACUCCAUCUGUACAAUACAUGGAAACCCACUGGUCCUCGGGUCGCUGUCAUUCGAGAAGAAGGUAUAAAUGGUGAUAGAGAAAUGAAUGCAGCUCUUUUUAUGGCUGGUUUUACUACUUUUGAUGUUACCAUGACAGACCUUCUAACUAAAAAAGUGACUCUGGGUAAAUUCCAGGGUGUAGUUUUUCCAGGAGGUUUCAGUUAUGCUGAUGUUUUGGGGUCUGCUCGAGGUUGGGCAGCUAGUUUCUUGUUUCAUCCUGAUAUUGAAGCUGAAUUUACAGCAUUUAAAAAUCGCCCAGAUACUUUCAGUCUUGGAGUUUGCAACGGCUGUCAACUAAUGGCUCUCCUUGGUUGGGUUGGCUCAGUUCCUGAUGAUGAAGGAAAUAUCAUUCCAGGUGUCACUCUUGGUCAUAAUAAGUCAGAGCGAUUUGAGUCACGCUUUGUUACUGUAAAAAUUGAGGAAUCUCCUUCCAUUAUGUUGAAAGACAUGGAAAAUUCCACUUUCGGUGUGUGGGUUGCACAUGGUGAAGGCCAGUUUCAGUUUAAGAACACUGAUGUUUUUGACCAUGUUAUUUCAAACAAAUUGGCACCAUUGUUGUAUGUUGAUGAUAGUAAUGUGCCAACUACUGAAUAUCCAUUUAAUCCAAAUGGUAGUAUUGGUGGAAUAGCUUCAGUAUGUUCAGAAGACGGCAGACAUCUUGCCAUGAUGCCACAUCCUGAACGCUGUGUCCUACCAUGGCAGUGGGCAUGGAUGCCAGAAGACUGGAAAUCUUCUAUGACUACUGUUUCACCCUGGUUAAAAAUGUUUACUAAUGCUUAUGAAUGGUGUUGCAGAAAAAGAUGAGAAGGAUUUUUGAUAGCUUUUCUUUAAAAUGAAUUAUAGGUUUUUCUAAUUAAUGUAUUUAUGAUCACACUUUUUCUCUUAUUCAAUUCUUCUGUAUAUUUAAAUUAUGAAAAAUCAUGAUGAAUUUACUAAAUAUAAAUUAUUUACUGAUAUAAAUGUUUCAGUAAAGAAAAUAUUGUGAUUUUGCCAGUGACCAUUGAGACUACUGGAAAUCCAUUGGAGACAGUAUUAAAAUUCUGUAUUCUAAUAAUAUAUAUUUACCUAUUAUUAAAGUAUUUCUUUUGUUCUUCA